AGGAUGCGAGCACGGUGGCCGGGACAGCCCUGGGCCGCUCUGCUGGCGCUGGGGGCGCUGGCGGGCGUUGUCAUCGGAGAGUCCAACAUCUGUACCACACGAGGCGUGAACUCCUGCCAGCAGUGUCUGGCUGUGAGUCCUAUGUGUGCCUGGUGCUCGGAUGAGACUCUGUCUCUGGGCUCACCCCGCUGUAACCUGAAGGAGAACUUGCUGAAGGAUAACUGUGCUCCAGAGUCUAUUGAGUUUCCAGUCAGUGAGGCCCAGAUCCUGGAGGCUAGACCACUCAGCAGCAAGGGCUCAGGAGACAGCGCCCAGAUCACUCAAGUCAGCCCCCAGAGGAUUGCCCUUCGACUACGGCCAGAUGAUUCGAAGAUCUUUUCACUUCAAGUGCGGCAGGUAGAGGAUUACCCUGUAGACAUCUACUACUUGAUGGACCUGUCUUACUCCAUGAAGGAUGAUCUGUCACACAUCCAGACCCUGGGUACCAAGUUGGCCUCUCAGAUGCGCAAGCUUACUAGCAACCUUCGGAUUGGCUUUGGGGCCUUUGUGGACAAGCCUGUAUCACCGUACAUGUACAUUUCUCCACCACAGGCAAUCAAAAACCCUUGUCAUAGUAUGAAUACUACCUGCUUGCCCAUGUUUGGCUACAAGCACGUGCUGACACUAACUGACCAGGUGACCCGCUUCAACGAGGAAGUGAAGAAACAGAAUGUGUCACGUAACCGAGAUGCCCCAGAGGGUGGCUUUGACGCCAUCAUGCAGGCUACAGUCUGUGAUAAAAAAAUUGGCUGGAGGAAUGAUGCAUCUCAUUUGCUGGUGUUUACCACUGAUGCCAAGACCCAUAUCGCCCUGGACGGAAGGCUGGCAGGCAUUGUCCUGCCCAAUGACGGGCGCUGUCACAUUGGCACUGACAACCACUAUUCUGCCUCCACUACCAUGGAUUACCCAUCUCUGGGGCUGAUGACCGAGAAACUAUCCCAGAAAAACAUUAACUUGAUCUUUGCAGUGACUAAAGAUGUUGUCAGCCUUUACCAGAAUUAUAGUGAGCUCAUCCCUGGGACCACAGUGGGAGUCCUGUCUCAAGACUCAAGCAAUGUCCUCCAGCUCAUUGUUGAUGCUUAUGGGAAAAUCCGCUCUAAAGUGGAGCUGGAAGUACGUGACCUCCCGGAAGAGCUGUCGCUGUCCUUCAAUGCCACUUGCCUCAACAACGAGGUCAUCCCAGGCCUCAAGUCUUGUGUGGGCCUCAAGAUUGGAGACACGGUGAGUUUUAGUAUCGAGGCCAAGGUGCGUGGCUGCCCCCAGGAGAAGGAGAAAUCUUUCACUAUUAAGCCUGUGGGCUUUAAGGACAGCCUCACGGUCCAGGUGACCUUCGAUUGUGACUGUGCCUGCCAGGCCUUUGCCCAGCCGUUCAGCCCACUCUGCAACAAUGGUAACGGGACCUUUGAGUGUGGGGUGUGCCGCUGUGACCAGGGCUGGCUGGGGUCCAUGUGUGAGUGCUCCGAGGAGGACUACCGACCCUCUCAGCAGGAAGAGUGCAGCCCUAAGGAGGGCCAGCCCAUCUGCAGCCAGCGGGGUGAGUGCCUUUGUGGCCAGUGCGUCUGUCACAGCAGUGACUUCGGCAAGAUCACUGGCAAGUACUGUGAGUGCGAUGACUUCUCCUGCGUCCGCUACAAAGGGGAGAUGUGCUCUGGUCAUGGUCAGUGCAACUGUGGGGACUGCGUGUGUGACUCGGACUGGACUGGCUACUACUGCAACUGUUCCACACGCACCGACACCUGCAUGUCUACCAACGGGCUGCUAUGCAGCGGCCGGGGCAAUUGCGAGUGUGGCAGCUGUGUGUGCCUCCAGCCAGGCUCCUAUGGGGACACCUGUGAGAAAUGUCCCACCUGCCCAGAUGCCUGCUCAUUUAAGAAGGAGUGUGUGGAGUGUAAGAAGUUCAGCCGGGGAACGCUGCAUGAAGAAAACACCUGCAACCGUUACUGCCGAGAUGACAUCGAGUCUGUGAAAGAGCUGACGGAUACUGGCAAAAACGCAGUGAAUUGUACCUACAAGAACGAGGAGGACUGUGUCGUCAGAUUCCAGUACUAUGAAGACACCAGUGGGAGGGCCGUCCUCUAUGUGGUGGAAGAGCCUGAGUGUCCCAAGGGUCCUGAUAUCCUGGUGGUCCUGCUGUCAGUGAUGGGAGCCAUUCUGCUCAUUGGCCUUGCCACUCUGCUCAUCUGGAAACUGCUCAUCACUAUCCAUGACCGGAAGGAAUUUGCUAAAUUUGAGGAAGAACGAGCCAGAGCCAAGUGGGACACAGCAAACAACCCACUGUAUAAACAGGCCACCUCCACUUUCACCAAUAUCACCUACCGGGGGACUUAAUGAGAAGAGGUCAUCCUUAGACCAUUGUCAGAUGAUGCCAGAACUGUGGGAGUCUCUGCCAUUAUGUUUACAGAGGACAUUUUUAUGUGUGUGUGUGAUUUGGGGCGUGGGUUGGGGUGGGCUUGAAGAAUGUCACUAUGUGGGAAUGUAUCUCUGUGUGUGUACAUAUGUAUGUGUUGAGUGUGGGGAAAUGUGUAAUUUAAAACUUGUGAUGUGUCUCAUAGGCAGAGCUCCACAGCCUUUGUCCUCAGGAUCCCUUCCCAAAGGACUCUUCCUGCUUAGCUUGAGGGGACUCAUGAUGCCCGGCAGGUGCUCAUUACCUCUGAGAAGCCAGCUUGCCUUGUCAGGCCAUUCUCCCAGAAGAGAAGGGCAGGGCUGAGGUCCCCCCACUCGUCCCCCAUUUCAGAGGAAGUGAUGUCAAGUCUUGGUUCUAUACCGACUUUGUAAGUUUCUGGUUUUUGGACCUGACUGUCAACAGCUACGGUAGAAAGUGCUUUGUGUUGAAGCUCAGUUGAAUCGUCUGUGCCUCUGCUCCCCUCCCCUCCCUCGGGCUGAAGAUGGAGUUAGGGGAGGAUGGAGUCCUCAAGAGUUGCCUGUGUCUUUUGCCAACACCUCAGUCCUGCUGUGGUUCUCUCAUAAGGAAAGUCCUUGCCACCUGGCUCUUUGGCCUAUUGAUUGUGCGGGUGAGGAUGGCAGGGCCACUCAGGGGUCAUGCAUGGCCUGGGGUGUGUGCCAGCACCUCCAAGUUUAUAAUCACAGCCAUUCAGAAUUGCCUCAUUGGUAGCUCUUCCCUGGAGAUUUGUGUACAAAUGUCAUUGUUGUGUCAACACCAUCUCUUACCUCCUGCUUCCACACUCUCAUGGCUACAGGCUUUUGCUAUGAGCUGAGGAUCUCUGUCUUGGUCAGAUGCUUUCGCCUCAGGGGAGAGCGCUGUGGUCAGAGCUGGAGGUCCAUCCCCACUCUCUGGGCCUUCUGCUCAUCUUUCUAGGCACCUCCACACACCUCGUUCCAUGCCUCUGUGUGCUUGCUACACCCAUCCAUGGGGGUGAGUGUGUUUAUCUACCUCUUCGGUGUCUUGUAAAGGAGUCAUCCCCAUGAGUCUGUUGAGCAAAGUGCCAGGGAGGGGUUGAAAGGCCAGUCAGAGCUGCAUGUGUGGCCUGGUCUCCUGUGGGCUAGACAACCUCAUUUUAUCUCAGCCUUUAAUCUGGGAGGCCACAAGUGCAAUUUUAUUUUAUUCCCUAGGGGGACACUCAAAGCUAUGAUGAGGUCCAGUAACUCUAAAGAAACAUGUAGAUAAACAUACUUGCAUUAUCAUAUUUGUAAUUUUGUAUGAUGACAAAGGAGAGCAUAAAAAACCCACACAGACUGUGUGGCAUCAUUCUGAGUAACUUGCCAGUCAAUUGCUGCAUCUGUAAGGGGCUUCCCCCUUCCUGUAAGCAUGUGAGGUUGGGUAUGUGGACACAGUGAACCUUUCUCGGGGAGGACAGACUGGCUCUUCUGUUGUCUCAGCAAGAGUGGUUUGCUCCGUUGGCAAUGACUUAGAUCUAACAUUAAAAACCAACGCCCACCACCCAAAGAAAAGAGACAUAUAAACAGCAUCUUGAUGAUUAAAGAACUGAGUCCUGCCCUCAGGGUCUCUGUCAAAACAUUUGAAAGUUAAUUCUAGAAAGCCGCUUUUUUACCCACCCUCUGGAGUUCAGUUUUCUUUUGGACCAGGUAACUUGGAAGGUAUUUCAAGUGUCACUAUUAUUUUAAUUUUUUUGAAAGAUAGGGUCUCAUGUAGGCCCGGAUGGCCUUGAACUUGCUACGUAGCCGAGGAUGAUUUCAACUUCUGAUCAUCUUUGCCUCCACCUCUCAGGUGCUACAAUUACAGGCAUGUGCUAUCAUGCCUGGUUUAUGCAGUGCUGGAAAUAGAACCCAGGAUGUCACAAGUGCUAGGCAAGGACAUUACCAGUUGAUUUGUAUUCCCAGAUUUAGUAACAACAUCCUAAGAUGCUGAGAUUAAAUAUGGCAUCAAGCAUGUGGUCAAGAUUCUGUCUGUAUACGGGGAAUGGAAUGUUGCCCAGUGGUAGGACAAGCACUUAUGGAAUGUCCUGGGUUUGAUUCCCAGCACUGAAAACGUGUAUGUGCUCGUGUGUGUGUGUGUGUGUGUGUGUGUGCGCGUGUGUGUGUGCAUGUGUGUGUUGGGGGUAAGUGAGUGUGUGUGUGUGUGUGUGUGUGUGUGUGUGUGUGUGAGGGAGGUGCUGUUGCUAGUGUUUGUCUUUCAGAUUCUGAGACUGAAUGUUUUGGCUUUCACGAGAGCAGAUGCUAUUCUUAUAACUUGUCUCAGCGAGUCUCUUUCCUUCUCAGACUCCCUUCAUCUUUUGUUAGUGGGUGCAUGUGACAUUGGUUUUCGUCCAAUUCGUUCAUUCUUGUUCACUCUGCAUACAUUUGCAUCUGCAUACGAGGGAGGACCAUCAGUAAGGAGCAGCUGAUCCAGAUGUUGGUGUGAAGGGCAGGCCUUGAGUACAGGGAUCUGCCAGUGACUGUCCUCUUUUACCCUUGGGGUUACUCUUGGCUUAGGUGGUGGGACUGCAGUAGAGGAACCGGGGAAGAUGGUUAGAGAUCCGACCUUUAGCUACUGAGGCAGAGUCCGUGAGACUAGAGUGGGUUUUUCUUUAGAUAAGAUAGUUUAGGUGAGGAAACUAGCAGGGGAGGAAGAAAACAUAUUAAAAGGGUGAGAGGCGAGUAGGAAUCUUGUCUGUUUCUGGAGUGAGGCCUGUGGUGCUUGGGCAGCAACGCUGGUCGGUACACGGACGUAUCUGUGGCUGUUCUCACUGGAGGCCGAGGAACAGUCUGUGUGGUAUCCUGAGGAUGAACAUCUACAAUUGCUCUGGCAUUGAAUAUGCAGCACAGAGGGGCCGUGCCAGUUCUCUUCCAGGUGAUUUGGGUCCAGUCUCAGUGUCCGAGGACAAUGGGGACAAACAGCAUGCCUGGCAGGUGGCUCCGUUCCAGUCCUCAGAGAUAUUCUGAAGCUGCCCACACCACCAGGAUAUUUCUCUUUGUCCAUUUCUGGUUGAAAUUACUUAAGAGCCUUCCUGACACCCUCACCACCUCCUCUGAGUUGUGUAACGAAAAAUUAAAUGUGCUUUCC